ACAACCUAACGUUAUCUUCAGCAGUAGCAGGAGCAAUGAUGGCAGGCGAAGGGAAAAAUUUAGAUUUGCAUGAAUCUCUGUUUCACCUGGAUGUAUGGCUAUCUGCUUAUGACCAAUACACCCUCCACCCUGGAGCUCCCUGGUUACAGAUCCAAGAAAAUAUCUGUCAAAAGUUUGCUCAUAUCAUAGACUCAGAAAUCAACCUCAGCCCCGAGAGAAGUCAAGCUGUGGUUUCCUGUAUGGGGCCUCAGUUUACAUUAAAGUACCUGUCUUAUCCUUCACAUGGACUUCAACACAAGGAGUGUUCUCAGCAGAUGUUGUUAGAAAUGAAAUCACUGUUAAGUCAAGGGCUGGCAAAUGCUAUCAUUGAGGCUGGUUAUGGGUCACUGGUGACACACGAUACUCUCAGAGAAAAGCCUCAUGAACUAUUGCAACAAUUCAGAAGAGAAACAGCAUUGCAAUUCAAAGAGUAUUUAUAUAAAUUCUGUCAGAACGAAGAACUAAGAAUAAUGCAAUUGAAACACAGCCAACCAAAAGUUAGUCUUGCUUUACCAGAACCAAAAAUUGACUAUUAUUUCAAUAAAAGUGUGGCUGAAGAAAAAUUAACUAAACCAGACACAAGAAAAUCAGGGACUAAAAUUAAAGUAUGCACUGAAGACAGUGAAACAAUUGGUAAGAUGGUAGGCUUGAUACUUGAAAGAUAUCCUGAGAAGAUUACUGUGGUAACAGAUAAACUGAAAGGUUUUCAUCUCCCUGCAAACCUACGCAAACAGAUAUGGACUGAGGUGCUUUUUCAGAAUGUAAAUCCUAUGACAAACAAUCAAUCAAGUGGCAAUUUGAAGAAACAUUUCCGACAACAAUUUGGACAAAAGUUACAGAGUAAUUUGAAGAAGUUACAUAUAAAACAUCCAUUGCAUUCACCAAUCAAGGAUUUAAUAGAAAACACUGUUAUUGAGACUUACAACAAGACACCAUCUAUGCAAUUGUACAAGUCAACAGCUUACAUGAAAGAGGCUUCACGUGUUUUGAAUGCUUUAUACAUUUACAACCAGUCUUAUCAACCAUUCUAUGUGCUCUGGUUGUUUCCUAUGCAGAUAGCUCUUGCAGAUUUGGCAGACAAAAAUAGCACAGAAGGAGAGGAAAUCUAUGAACUUGCCAUGUUACUACAUCUGUUGGAAUCAAGAUGUUUCCCUUCCUGGGCCAUAAUGUCUGUUAUUGCUGAAAAUGUCAUGGCAACACUUGAACUGAAGGAUUUAGAACUUUAUAAACAUCUUAAGCAUGUAGCAACUAUAAAUGCACAAGUGAACCCUAAGGAUUGCUUGGUCCAUUUGAUGGAGGAAGAAAGGACACUUGCUGAGAAUUUGGUACUGUCUAAGUCCACCAACAAAAUCAAGAAAACCAGUAAAAGACUGCCAACCACAAGGCUGUCUUUGGCACAACCGAUAAUGUUUAUCAGGCAGUGGAUUGGAGAGGCCUUUGUUGGUAAACUGGACCUUGCUGCUAUGUUAUGGGUGUGGGAUCAACUCUUCUUGCAAUGCUGGCACCAGCAGGUUUUCCAUGACAUAUGCAUAGCAUUGGUUGCUCUUUUGCGGGAACACUUCCUUGUAGCUUCAGACUACCUGCAAAUGAAACAGGUUUUUGUUUCACAGACCUUUCAUCUUCUUACUCUUGAUAUCCAGCGGGCUUACCUUGCAGUUAUUAAAGGCAGCACCAGCUUGCAUGAUAUUGCCAGCCUCAACAGAUGUUCACCUCAAGGUGUCUCAGGAGGUGACAUAGCAGCAACUGCUGGUAUAAUGAGUGAACAGUCUUCUAAAUCCAUCACUGACUUGACCAAGAAGACACAUAAAUUGGACAUAAAACCUACCACUGAACUUUCCAAUCUAUUUAUUGAUUUCAGUAAACUGUCCAAUAAGGGGUUAUCAAUUCAAAUCUCUGAUGUUUGUUUCAAAUUGGACUUCCAACAAUCUGUAUUGCAGAAAGGAACAGAUAAAAAUUUGCCUUGGAGAGAAUUACCUGAAACUAACAAGAUUCUUAUGAGUAUCAUACUGAAAUUUGGCGAUGAGUGCAUCGAAUUGAAGAAAGUUCAGUCCUCACAGAUUUCAUUUCAGACGACUCCAACCAUAACAGGGAAACUGAAUUAUAUAGCUAAAGUGACCGAUAUGUUUAACUUUGCUGAUAUUUCUGUAUCAAACUACAUAGAUAAGAUGACAUUGGGAGAAUACUUUCAUCUCAUUGUUAUGGUGGUGUAUGUCCAUAAGAAUGUUAUUUCAACCCUUGGUUGGGCCUUUAUUCCACUGACUGAGCUGACCCAAAGAAACACUGUAGCUGCUUUACAUUCUGGAGCCAUUCCUGAUAUCUUCAUGCAGCAACAUGUCCGAGAAUCUCUCAACUGCACAGAAACAUCUUCAAAAUAUGUUUUAGGAUACAACUCUGAAAUAUUUCUAAAAAUAGAUGUAAGAACUGAAACUGCCCUCAAUGCCAGUGAUUCAAGAAAUUCAGGUUCUGUGGCAGAUGAUAAGAUGGGGAAGUCAAAUGAUGUCAAAGACUUUUGUAUCUAUAUUGAUAGCCUCCAAAUGUUGCCUGAUAAUGCUUCUAUUGUCAAGGUUGUUUCUUAUCUAGUUCAGCCAUCAAAGCCCUUAACAACAAAACUGCUGCCAACGUUCCCGUCCAUUGACAGCAAGUGGUGUUGUCCCAUGUUUGUCCCUGAAGAUCGUUUCAUAAUGCUAAGGAUGAAGGAUAACUUACCCAAAGAUACCUUUAUAUUGUUCACUGUGUAUACCAUAGACAUGAACUCCACCCAGCUGUGUACACUAGGCAAUGCAUUAAUGUGUCUUUGUGAAUCUUACAAUGAUAAUAAUGAUGUAAAAUUCUGCUCUGGAGGUUAUCAGCUGAAGUUAAGAAGUGGGUCUUUGGACAUGUCUAAAAAUAUCAAGUCUUCAAGCUUAGACAAUCUACCAAUUGUUCCUGUGGUGUCACUUUUAAUUCGGAUUUUACCUUUAGUGCAGGAUGUACAGCCUGCUCCACCCUAUACUUCAAACUACUAUCAUUCUAUCCAGUGUAAACCAACCGUCUCAGAAGAAAGAAUAUUUAAAAGUUUCCAGAAACAUUCUAAGUUAUCAGAGCCACUUAGGACUCUCAUCCGCAGGUUACAGCUCUCUGAUGGCAUCCAAGCAGAUCAGACAGAAUUUGAAAUGAUGGAAUGGUGUAAGAAGAAGUUGGAUACUGACCAUUCUAUUCAACCAUUCCCAGUUUUGAAUGUUAACCAGUGUGUGUCAUACCAGUCAGAUAUUGGCCUAAAGUUCACCAUUGACAAAGCUUUUAAUCUAAAAGAGAAGGAUCUGUUUGUUCAGUGUGUUACUCAGGUAAUAUCAGGUGGACAAAGGAGAAGCAUGCCAGAGGGACAUACUAGCACUACAGAAAAAUAUUUUAUGACACUGAAGCAAGAUAUUGACUGUCACCUCCAUAGUCCAGUUUGGCAAGAUCCAACUACAUUAAUUCAUCCUUUAUUUGAUGAUAAAACUUGUCUGUUAAUACAAAUCUUAGGAUUAAAGAUUCUUUCACCAAACUUUCAACAAUCCAAACCCUUGAGUCCCGAAGACUCAGAAGAAAUUCAGCUUGGUCCUGCCAAGUUUGUCUGUUGGACAGCAAUAAAUAUCUUUGAUGGAAAAUCUGUGAGAAAUGGCCACCAUUAUCUCCCUUUAUUAUCUGGACAGCCAUCAGAGGAAGUACUCCUGCAACUUUCAAAUAUGUCAGCACAAUCUGUCUUCAGUACACUUCAUCCUGGCUCUUGCUAUGGCACAGCCAGCUUACUCCUUUCAAUGUGGGAUGGACACUUUGAAUUUGAAGAACUUCCUCAGAUAGUAGACCACAAAGAGAUGUUAAAUACAGUAGGUCAAGUUGAAGAUUAUCAGAAGGAAGAUUUUAAAGGAACCCAGCACAGUAAAGAUUGGAGGGAUACAAUUCGUAACCUAAUUGAGGAAAACAACAAGGGAAAUACAGAGAGUUUUCUUCAGAAGUUAAAUGACUUUGAAGAAAUUGUUACAAACAAGUUAGAGCACUUUAUGAUAAACAUAUCGUAAUUGCUCCGUUUUACUUCAUACCAAUUUUACAGAUUACCCAACAUUAUUGAUAUUGAUGUUCACUUUGGACAGUCAAGAAACAAAUAUUGAUUCAGUGUUAUCUGAGACCAUAAGGUGGUUGUUUUCCAUAGAAGAAUGGUCGUGUGGAUAUGUUAGUGUGUAUGCGGUUGUAUCAGUGUCCUCUUGUGUUGUGACAGUUAUGUAAUGGAACAUUGAGAUGUUGCCUGGUUGCAUUGUUAUUGUGUUAUUUAUGACAGUAUUACUGUGUAAUACGUUGCAGUGUUGAUGUAUUGUUUAAUAGUUUUAUUAGUAUGAUAGUAUUAAUAUUAGUAUGACAGAAGGGUGGCAACUUAGCAGAAUCAUUAGCAUGUUGGACAAAAAGCUUUGUGGAAUUUUUUCUGGCUCUUUUUCUGGUUCUGAGUUCAAAUAAUUGAGCUCAACUUUGCCUUUCAUCUUUCCAGGAUUGAUAAAAUAAGUACAGAUUGAGUACUAGAAUUGAUGUAAUUGACUUGUCCCCUCCCACCAAAUUUCAGGCCUUGUACCCGUUGUAGAAGGAAUUAUUAGUGUGCUUUAUAUGAUGAGUGAGCUGGCAAAAUCAUGAGUAUGCUGGACAAAAUACUCAGUGGCAUUUCUUGGCUAUUUACAUUUUGAGUUCAAAAAAUUUGCUGAGGUCAACUUUGGUUUUUAUCCUUUUAGGGUCAAUGAAAUAAGUACCAAUUGAGCAUUGGGGGUGAGAUACUCGUCUAAACCCCUUCCUCUAAAAAUUACUGGCCUUGUGCCAAAAUUUGAAACCAUUAUUAGUAUGAGAAAUGAGGUGUAUGAUAGUGUUGACAUGUUGUAUAGCUGUUGUAUUGUUUAGUUCUAGGUUAGCCUUGAUCUAGUAACUGAAACAAUCUUCUCUAACCCUGGUGUAUCCAGUACCACACUUAUCAAUAAUCUUUCCUUUUUCUAAAAAAGAUAACAGGGUGCAAUUUGAAGAAAAUUUGACUGCUUAUUUAGCAGGUCAAAUGUUCACAUGGAGAUCCUUUCAUUUGUUUGAGAAACUUUCUCAUUGGCAUACUUACAGUAUAUAGUUUAGUUGUGUUGGUGUGUUGUGUGGUAUGUUAGUGCAUUAUAAUAGCACAUAAGGUAAUGUUCAUAUGAUGUAUGGCCAUACUGUGUGAAUGUGCUGUUGUUGUGUUAUUGUUAUGUCGAAGGGCUGAUGUAUUGUGUACAAUAAUGUUGAUGUGUUGUAGUAUAAUACUAAUUAAUGUUUUGUUACUAAAUCACAAAUAAAAAAUCUCUGAGAUGAAAUAAAUUCUUUCAGUCCCCAUAGAUCACAAAGGUUAUGAAGUACAGUUUACAAUAAAAUUGUUUGUUUGAUUUCUAUUUAUUUGUUUUACUUUACUUUUGUCUUUUUUUUGUAUAUCUUUGUGACUUGAGAACACCAAUAAGAGUUUAUUUCAUCAAUAUGAAAGAAAAUUUCCUUCUCCCCACCACAAUACACACUAUAUAUACACCUUCCUUCACCACCAUUCCAAAAAAUUAAUUAAUUACACCAUAUUCAUCAAUUGAUAUCCGUUUACUUCAAUCAAUUUGAAAAUAGCAAUGUUACUACAAUAUCUUUUGUCUAUCCCAGCAAAGCAGUUAUUCACCGCACACUAACCACUACACACCACAUAUCACCUACCGUUCUUGCCUCUGGGUAAUUUAUGAAUUAUCGAAUAGAAAAUUCAAUAAAAAAAGAAGAAAAUGAAGAAAUACUUCUUAGAAAAUAAAUGAAGAGUUUU